AUGUCGACGGCAUUUAUGUUGCCGUCGGCUCCUCCUGCACGGCGGCGGAUAUCCGGGCUCGUCAUCGGCGUCGCCCUCGUGCGCAAGCUCGGCUUGCCUGCGUUCAAGUCACCAGACUUCAAGUUGCAUGCAGUGCCCAUCCACCACGCGUUGUCAGCUCUCCACCGCUUCACUGGCGUGUACACGGCGAAGUGGGGCGCACACAUGCCGGUGACCACGCGUCACAGCAUCUUGAGGACGUGCGCCGCGUUGAAGCAGAUAGGUGGCCCAGAUGUGAUAGCGGAUGCGCUUGAAGUGCUCGACAAGCACACCGAGGUCCAUGCUGGCGCCGAACUCUGCGGCAAGUACGGCGUACACUCCGACAUGAGCCGAUCGUGCGCCAAUCUGUUUGACAGCACAGCCAGCCUCGAGCCCACCGCUGGUGCUGCGAAGAUGGCACUUCCCAAGCCGUGGCUCUGCGGGCAUUUCUGUGCCAAAGCCUUCGCCGCCAUGUGCGACGACCUGCUCAAGCCGGAGCACGCGGGCAAGAACAUGCUCUUCUGGCAGACCAAGUCGCUGGUGCAGCCGCUCGGGCCGGAGGACGAGUGGGCCCGCGUGCGGGCGAUGCCCCGCGCCGUGCAGGCCUGGGCCAGCGCGGGGACCGCGGAGUCGCUCCUCCGCCCCGGGCGCGUGGACCUCGACGGCGGCGCGCCGGAGGAUUAUCGCGGUCUCAUGACGAAGGUCUGA